CGGGUCACUUUCUUUGAUCCUAAAUUCCCAAAAUACCACAUCAUAUUCCCAAUUUCUAGCAAUUUUUGUUUCACUUCGUGAUUGUCAAUAAAUACCAUUUGCCGAUCGUUGUAUAUAUAUUUUCCUCUCAAAUUACAUUCUUAUUGUCAUAAAGAUUUAAACUUUGUGGAAAUCCUGAACUGGGUAUUGAAUCUUUUUCACUUUUAAGGCUGGGUUUUUAUCUCAAAUCUUUAGUUUUUUUUUUUUAUUUAAAAUUUUACUUUAUGAUUUUGUUUGAUUUUCAAAUGUUGUGAAGUGGGGUUUUGUUAAUUACUUGUUUAGUGUCAAUACUGUAAUAAAGUUUCGAUUUUUAUGUGAUUUCUUGAAUAUACAAUCUUCUUAGUAUCUUAUGUAUGCACAAAUCUUGUAGCCUUGGUAGGUAUUUUUUUUUGUAAAUUUCUAAGAAAAAAAAGUAGUAAAGAUUCUAAUUGAUACCACUCUUUGAUCAUGUCAAUGUCAACUAUAUCCAAUCCGGCCAUGAGCACUUUUUGAUCAUGUAGCUUUUUCAUAUAUCUAUCUUUCAAGAACUCAAAUCAGGUCUAUUUUUGAUGUUGUAACAUAAAAUGCUGAACAAAUUAAGUAUCUUUUUGGUUAAGUUUUUGUAGUAAUAAUUGUUUAAGAAAAAAAGCCAUGAGGUUUUUUAGCCUUGUGGGGAAUUCAUUUGGAUGCUCAGCAUCUGGAGAAAGACUUGUUUCAGCUGCAAGAGAUGGUGAUGUUCAAGAAGCUAAAGCUUUACUUGAAUAUAAUCCUAGACUUGCUAAAUAUUCCACUUUCGGUGUUCGGAAUUCCCCCCUUCAUUAUUCUGCAGCUCAAGGUCAUCAUGAGAUUGUUUCCCUCUUGAUUGAAUCUGGAGUUGAUAUUAAUCUUAGGAACUAUCGCGGGCAGACUGCUUUGAUGCAAGCUUGUCAAUAUGGUCAUUGGGAGGUUGUUCUGACUUUGGUUCUUUACAAGGCUAAUAUCCAUAAAGCUGAUUAUCUUAACGGAGGUACUGCGUUACAUUUGGCUGCUCUAAAUGGACAUUCACGUUGCAUCCGGAUCCUCCUUGCUGAUUAUGUCCCCAGUGUUGCUAGUUUUUAUAAGCUUGCGAAUAAUAGAUCAAGAAUUGAAGAAAUUGUAUUGGAGUUGGAUGAAGGGUCACUUCAUGAAACGAUAAAUAGACCUGCUGAUGGAGGUGUAACUGCUCUUCAUAUGGCUGCAUUAAAUGGGCAUGUAGAUAGUUUACAGUUACUUAUUGAUUUGGGUGCUUCUGUAAAUGAAGUCACUGUGGAAGACGGCACUACGAUUGACAUGAUUGGUGCGGGAAGCACACCCCUUCACUAUGCUGCUUGUGGUGGAAAUGGCCAAUGUUGUCAAAUUCUGAUAGCUAAGGGGGCUAGCCUAGCUGCCGAAAAUGCAAAAGGAUGGACCCCUUUAGAUGUUGCUCGUUCAUGGCAUAGAGACUGGCUUGAGGAAGUUUUGAUUGCACAACCACAAGAAGAGGCACCGACUCCUUCUCCUUACUUGUGCCUUCCUCUUAUGAGUGUUGUCAAGAUUGCUAGAGAGUGUGGAUGGAGUGAUGAUUCCCUUUCUGGUUGUGCUGAUCCAUGUGCUGUUUGUUUGGAAAACAAGUGUGCCAUAGCUGCAGAAGGUUGUUUUCAUGAAUUCUGCACUCGAUGUGCAUUAUAUCUUUGUUCCACAAGUAGUGCAUCGAAUGGCUCCCAAGGCCCACCGGGUUCGAUCCCCUGCCCUCUCUGCCGCCAGGGGAUUGUGUCUUUCAAAAAGCUUCCCGGCACCAGACCACUUAUUGGGAUGCCACGAACAAGCUUACCGCUAUCGUUUUUCACGUGUACUACUUUAAUUGAAGACACUGAUAGCAUUGCGCUAGAUACAACUCCGCUAUGCAAGCCUGAGUUUCCUUAUCCUCUUAGAUCUUUGAGUUGCCAAAAUUUUCCAUCAAUGAAACUAAGCUCGAGUCUUUGCAUGGGAGCUUCUGACACGACCCCAUCGUUGACCCGUACAUCGGUUGAUGGUGGUCGGUACUCUAGAUCGAGUUUUAGGCGGUCGAGUUCACAUUCAGACAGUAGAAGAUCAUGGUUAUGUUCAUUAAAUCAAUCAGCAGAAACUGCUGGUGGAUAUUGAGAAAAGGACAGAAUUAUGAACAUACAUUCUAAUUAUUGGUUUUGAAUGAAGGGUUUGAUCUUUUGGUUUUGUUUUUUUUUUUUAAUAGAAAAAAGCCGAAAUUUUUAAGUUGUAAAGAUCUUUGUUUUGAUGUCCAUAUUUGGUAUUGGUUAAAUUUCAAAAAGAGAUUACCCAUUAUGAUUGUUAUUGUUGAUAGCUACAGAUACAAUUGAGUUUAGUUUAUAAGGUUUCUUCUGGAACAGAUUUAUGUAAAGUAAUGUAUUUAUGUAUUUAUAAGGUUACAUGAUAUAUUUAUAGGCU